AUGCAGAUACCAUCCGACGCGCAACGUUCACGGUCUCCGACCCCCGAACCAGUCAUCAACGAGGUGAUCAACGAGAUCUGCAGUCGUUGGAAUAUACAAGACGUGCAACAAGCACUUCCACAUGGCCUCAGCUAUAGACACACAGCUGACAUCGAGAUAUGGGGCGAGGAAUUCCUGGUACUCCUUCUGGAUCUAGCAACGCUUACGGAAGGGAAGCUGGACGAAGUACAGGGAAGGAUCCAGAAGCGUAUUGAUCAAGGACGGAACACAAAGCUCAGUCGCGACACUUGCACUACGCGAGAGGAUAUACUGGCGCUGAUCAAGCUUUAUGUGAAGAAGUCCCGUGGAAAGGAAACCGAACAGGACGACACUGACGAAGUUUACAUGCCUCCGGUACCGAAGAAAGAACGUCGUUACAAUGUUUAG